AUGCCGACGAAGGAGAAGGCGCCGGCCGACGGGCCGUUCGCCAAGUUGACGGAGCUGGGGGACAGGGCAGGCGCGUGGGUGGCCAAGCAGCCGCCGCCGGUGGAAUGCCUCCUCGUGGGGCUGCAGCAGGCGGCGACGGGCGCGGUGAUGGGCUUCACGUUCACGUUCCUCAACCAGAAGCUCAUGGAGAGCGCGAAGGAGUCCGGGGCGGACAUAGGGCCCAUGGCUAACAUGAUGAUGGGCAAUCAGACGACGCCAGCGGCAAUGGCGCGCAACUUCGCCAUCCUGCUCGGCGUGAACUCGGGCGUGACGCUCGCGGCCAAGCGCGCCCGGGACAAUGUAGAGGACGUCUGGAACGCGAUCACGGGCGCGUUCGCGUCCGGCGCGGCGUUCUCGGUCGUGAACGGCAUCGACACGGGGAGCAUCACGUUCGAGGGCGCGGUGACCACCGGGGGCCUCUUCGCGGCCUUCCAGGGGGUGUUUUACAAGAUCGGGCAGUCGUUCGGGGGCGGCAAGGCGGCGGACGAGGACUACGUGCGCGUGAGCUACAUGCUCGAGCAGCUCGGUCUCGAGAAGUACGAGAAGAACAUGAAGAAGGCCAUGCUGGACGACCAGUGUCUGCUCCUUUUGAACGACGGGGCGCUGCAGGAGGCCAAGAUCCCGCCGGGGCCGCGGCUGCAGAUCAUGAACAUGGUCAACUACUACCGCGCGCAGCAGAAGGGCCGCAAGGGCGCCGACAUGGCGCUGAAGCCGGCCUUCCCCAUCGACGGCGGACUCAAGGAGUCCAAGCCCUCGGCGUGA